AUGAUAUCAGAGACAAAGCGCAAGCUCUAUCAGUGCAUUGCAGCAUUCCUUAGGAAUGAAUGCUCGUCUAAUGAAUACUCCAGUGACACUAUCGAAAGCCUGGAAGUUGCCAAACAGUGCAUCGAAAGUGCUUUUGAUGUGUCUGACAAUUUAGACACAGAUACAGAUCUACUCAUGUUGUUUGCGAGAGCCACCUCCGCCUCAAAGCCAAAUGCUCGUCAGGUGACACUUGAAGACAAGAUCAAGGCUGAGAGCCUGAAGACACAAGGCAAUUCAUUUAUGGUUUCGGAGAAAUUUGAUGAGGCCAUUGAUUGUUACAGCAAAGCCAUCUCUCUGGAUCCUAACAAUGCGAUUUACUACUGCAACAGAGCUGCCGCCAAAAGUCGUCUGAACAAAGAUAGUGACUGUAUCGCGGAUUGCGAGAAGGCAUUAGAAAUCGACCCUACCUACAGCAAGGCUUAUGGACGCAUGGGUCUCGCUUACUGUAAUAUGGCUAAAUACGAGAAAGCCAUCGAGGCCUACAAGAAGGCGAUCUCGCUGGACCCGAAUAACUUGAACUUUAAGCAAAGCUUGGCCCUAGCUGAGGCAAAUCUAAAGGAGUCUUCGUCGCAUUCUUCAAAUGCUUCUCCCAACAAUUUUGGUGGUUUAGACCUUGGUGCUCUCCUUAGCAACCCAAUGAUGCAGAAUAUGGCACAGCAACUAAUGUCCGACCCUCAAAUGCAAUCCACCGUUUCUUCAAUGAUGCAAGGCAUUUUCAGCGGUGGUACUGGAUCCGCGGAGGGAACAGGGGUACCGUCAGGAGGCCCGAAUAUAGAUAAUCUGCUUCGAUAUGGACAGCAGUUCGCUCAACAGAUGCGGCAGACCAAUCCUGAUCUGGUGGACACACUUCGACAGCAGAUGCAAAACAUGACCAGACAACAGCCCCCCUCAAACGACACUGACAAUGAAAAGGACGCUGCACAUAAGGAUCUCUAG